CUUAAAGUCACUUCGUAUUGCUUUUUGUCCAAACUUUUACAUUUUACUAACGUCUACUGUUUCUAGAUUUCAUCCUUCACGAUGAUUUUGGACUUCGUCCGGGACCACCCGAUCCUCUGUUUGCUCGCUGCCGGCUGCACUGCCUCGCUGGGGUACUUCUGGAUGACCAGAGAGCGCCCGCCUGCACCUGCACCGACCCCACCACCAUCACCCGCCCCGACACCAAGCCCCUCCGUCAGCUCCUCGUCCAGCGACAGCCAAAUCUUCUACCCUGCGAACGAGGAGCUGGACGACGUUUGGCCAGAGGUGCAUGUGCAGGGCCCCAGCGGGGACCAUUAAGACACACAAGCUACA